AUUGUUACAUUAGGUAACUAGAUUCCCAGAAACUGGCAACAUGGUGCUCAAAGAUCAUGCAAGUUUUAAUCUUGAGGACCUGGAGCACAACAUAACAACAGUCGAAGCGCGUGUCCUUUCUUUUGGCUGGCUGGACUACAGCAUAUUCGGCUUAAUGUUGACCGUUUCUACAGUUAUCGGCAUUUAUUUCGGUUGCUUCGGAACCCGACAACGCACCAAGAACGAGUAUCUUCUGGGGAAUAAAAAUAUGAGCGUCUUCCCAAUCGCCAUGUCUCUCACGGCCAGCCACAUCUCGGGCAUCACGUUGCUUGGCGCGCCAUCUGAAAUGUACACGUAUGGGACACAAUACUGGAUGAUGUGCCUGGCCGCAUGUAUCGUAUGUGCAGUGGUCGCUGUUGCAUACAUGCCUGUCUUCUACACGCUACAAAUCACGUCAACGUAUGAGUAUCUGGAGCUUCGUUUCAGCAGCAGCGUGCGAUCUGUUGCCUCGUUCAUGUUCACAAUAUACCAGGUUCUGCACACCCCCAUAGUGCUGUACGUUCCUGCUCUGGCCUUCAGCCAAGUGACUGGAAUAAAUCUUCACAUGAUAACUCCUGCUGUGAGUGCCAUCUGCAUUUUUUACACCACACUGGGAGGCCUGAAGGCUGUGGUGUGGACAGAUACUUUGCAGCAGAUCAUCAUGAUGGGAUCCAGCAUCGUCGUCAUGGUCCUGGGAAUAAUCGCGGUGGGUGGACUCGACAUAAUGUGGCAGAGAAAUGUGGACGGAGACAGGAUCGAGUUUUUCAACAUGGACCCAAAUCCUCUGAUCCGAAACACGUUCUGGACCGUGACUAUCGGCAUGACGUUCAUCUGGUUGUCUCACGUCGGGGUGAAUCAAGGGAUGAUGCAACGGUUCCUAUCGCUGCCCAGACUCUCCGACGCAAGGUGGGCCCUGCUCGUAUUCUGCGUUGGAAUCUGCUGGUGCAAAACUGUGAGCUGUUUGACUGGCCUACUGAUAUAUGCACACUACCAGGACUGUGACCCGCUCAGCACGAAAGUGAUCAAACGUGCCGACCAACUGUUACCUUACUACGUGAUGGAUUUAGCUGGUUCCAUUCCCGGUCUGCCAGGCCUCUUUGUAGCAGGCGUUUUUUGCGCAGCUCUCAGCUCCAUGUCCACGAGUCUGAACACGCUUUCUGGCACGAUAUAUGAAGACUUUAUAUCGCGGUGGUUGCCCACCGAUAAGCAAACCGAAGUUCUGGUGAACUUCAUCAUGAAGCUGACGGUGUGCGUUGUCGGAGUCGUCUGCGUGUUCCUCGUUUUCUGGAUCGAGAAACUCGGAAGUGUCAUACAGGUUGGUGUUACUGUCAGCGGCGUGACGUACGGCGCCAUGUUGGGGCUGUUCUCACUUGGGAUGUUCUUCCCCUGGGCUAAUACAAAGGGGGCUCUGGUGGGCAGUUUGACAAGCCUCGUGCUUGUGAGCUGGCUUGUUGUUGGGGCUCAGACAGAGAUUGCCAGGGGCGCCAUAAAGUUCCCGUGGAAACCGAUGUCCACAGCAGGCUGUCCAGGGAACCACACGGUUACUCCACUCUCUGCGUCUACUGACAGGGCUCCUGACGCAGAGGAACCUUUCGUGCUGUAUCGCCUCUCCUACUUGUACUUCAACGUGGUCGGCUUCAUCAUCGUCAUCGUUGUGGGAUUGCUUGUCAGUUUUCUCACCGGAGCUACGAAUCCACGAGAACUACACCCGGACCUUCUGAGUCCAGUCGUACACUGGAUGCUUCCUAAGGGCCCCAAGGAUCAGUAUCAACCCGUAAAACAGGUAGUGAACCUAAAGACCACGAGCUUUACGAGUGUCGCGCACGGACAAACUUCUGAUCUCUGUGAGGGGAAUCCCCCAAAGUCGCUACCCACGUGAUGUAUGAAUUUCUUGUUUAAGCGGAGAACAAGCAUUUGAGAAUCAGUGAAGAGGAGUGCGCGCAAAAGUGACAUACACGCAUUUCAAAAGUCUUGAACCAUACCACAGUUUUAGAAAAUUCCCGAGUACUGUUUUUAGGACCACAAAACUUACUGAGAUUAUUUUCUCAUGUCUCUGCAAUGGAUGGAGGAUCGGACAUGUAGGAGAUGGAUGUAACCUAACCGUGACACGUAUCUUGGGACAUGAUGGUUCAGUACCGUGUACACAAAAUCCCACUGGACUCUUCCCUGAGUCACGUACAAUGAUUUCACACCCUCAUAAGUUACAUAUUUAAGAUUCCUUUUAAUAUCAUCCACCAAUCCACACCGUACUCCACAUUAACUUUACACUUGAGGUUUUAAGAUCAAAAUUUUACACCGGCCAAUGUAUUCUGUUGGCCCCACGUAAUUUUUUUAUAUAUACUGUGUCACCUUGUUAAUGUUAUCAGUUGCUCGCGGCACCUAUCGCUGUGAGAAACUGAGUCAGAUAUAUAAAUAAUUACUGAUUUUGUUAGAAAAAAAUUAAAGAGUAAUACGUGAGCCUAUAUUCAAAAUGCAGAGUAA